AAGUAGAAUCUCAACAACCAAACAAUGUAUUGUUAAAAUGUAUCCAUUGUAUCAAUACAUGCAUUUAUAUUAUGGUUAUUCAUUACAAUGCAACGAUUUAACAUUCGCAACUUCCAAACGACCCCUAAAUAAAUAAAUUAUGGAGAUGCAGUGUAACAUAAAACCACUAGCGUGUUAUUCAAUUCAAACAAAAAAAACUCACUACGCGUAUUUAACAAAGGUUAAACAAAACCUCUAUAUUUAGAGCUUCUUCUUCGCUUUUACAUCUUGCAGCUCAAAUUGUAAACAGUGAGAGAAUAAACAAGAUGAUGUUCAUCAAUAUCUCUCGUCGGAAGUCAAUUAGUUAAAACAAAUGAUCAUUAUCAAUUAUCUACUCAUCUAUAUAUAUACAUCUACGUCGUAUAUUCCACCAUAAUCCACUUUCAACCCAAAUCUCUUGAAAAUAAAAACAAAAAACAACACUAAUCCCUAGCAUUGAUCACUUUCAAUCACCCAUCUCGAAUUCUCAGAUCCCUAACCCAACAAUCUAAAUCCUUACGUCAAAAGAAAUAAUCUCCUUUCUUAAAAAAAAAGGACAACUCCCAAGAAGAAACGUUGAAGAUUAUCAAUUAUGACAACGAAUUAUUCAGCAAUCACAAUACACCGCCUGAAUCUCAGCGGGGAUUGCUUCGACCACGUCCCAGUUUCCUCCCCAGGCCUAUGGAACAUGCAAUAUGGAGAAAGCAUCUUGAAGCACAACCUGGUUCGUCUCCACCUCCAGCUCGUCACCAUGAUCAUGCUCCCUCGUGCUCUCCAUUCCAUCCUCAAGCUCCUCCGCCUCCCUCGAAUCACCUCCGAGAUGCUGGCAGGUUACCUCAUCGGCCCAAACGUCCUCCACGCGCUCUUCCCCGUCGCAGGCGCGCUCCUCUUCCCUCCAAUCGCAAACCAAGCCGUGGCCGGCCUAGCCAAGGUCGGCUUCAUCAUGUUCUCGUUCCUCAACGGCGUCAGAAUGGACCCGGGCCUUGUCAAGAUCUCCGGGAAGAAAGCCCUAGCCCUAGGGUUCGCCAUCUUCUUCUACCCUUUCACCAUGGUCCACACCUGCAUCAUCAAGUUCCCCCCCGAGAGCCGCUUCUCCGAAAAGGACAGGAUGCAGUUCCUCAAGAGCACCGACAUAUACCUCGCACUCAUCACGACGUCGCAGUUCGUCGGCGUCAACACCGUCCUCAUGGAGCUCAAGCUCAUCAACACGCAGCUCGGCCACCUCGCUUUGGCAUCCACCCUCGUCAGCGAGCUCCUCCGCUUCGCUUACUCCAUCUUCCUCGGCUACCUCCAGAUCGUGUUCACCGUCGACUCCUCCCUCGGGACCAAGAUGCUGAUGUCCAGCCUGUUCUUUGCCUUGAUGGUCUUCGUCAUCGCCAAGGCCGUGGUGUUGUGGCUCAUCAAGAGGACGCCGACGGGGAAGCCCAUGAGCGAGGUGCACAUCAACUUUGUCAUCGGGGUGCUGAUGACCAUGUCGGCGACCAGUGAUGCCUUUGGGGUUUAUUACUUGUUUGGUCCCUUUUUGUUUGGGUUGGUGGUGCCGGCGGGGUCGCCGCUGGCGACCGGGGUGAUUGCGAAGCUUGAGACGGUGACCAAUGGGCUUCUCUUACCGUUGCUGUUGACUUUCUGUUCAUCCACGUUUGACGUGUUCGGGUUCUGGAAGAACUAUGACAUGAUGAUGGACUUCAAGGUGUCGGCUUGUGGGUAUGGGGUGAAGCUGGUGUUGACUUUUCUCACGUGCAUGGCGUGUAGGAUGGGCGUGUGGGAUGCGUCAGCGUUUUCGCUCAUCGUCAACGCCAAAGGCGUCCUCGAAGUCGCCUCCUUCUUGAGCUUCAGCGGCUUGGCGGCAGGAGAACCAGACGCGAACAGCGCGAUGCUCCUAAUCUUCGUACUGACAACCGCACUUCAACCACUCAUCAGGCUGCUCUACGACCCAUCAAAGCAGUACGUCGGCUACAAGAGGAAAUCCAUCCAGUUCGCCUCCCACAACGCCGAGCUCCCCGUCCUAACGUGCGCCCACAAGCAAGAAGACGCAGUGGCGGCCCUCAAGAUGCUCGAGUUCUGGAACCCUACGAGGACAAGCCCUCUCUCCAUCUACGGCCUCUGCCUCCAAGACCUCGUCGGCAGCUUCACCCCUCAGAUCAUCAACCACCAGCUCGGGCAGAAGGCCGCCGACACCUCCUCCGCCACCUCCGCGGCGUCGUCGCUGAUGUCGUCGUCCGCGUCACAGCCGAUCGUCGACGUGUUCAACUACUUCAAGACGGAGUUCAGGCGCGUCGGCGUCGUGGUCAGCGCGUUCACGGCCAUCUCGCCGCUGAAGCUGAUGUACGAGGAUAUCUGCUGGAUGUCGUUCGACAAGGCCGUGUGCAUCGUCAUCGUCCCGUUCCACAAGAAGUGGAACCCUAGGGGACAGCUGGUUCACGAGAGUGGCGAGCUGAGGAAUCUGAACAUCGCGGUGCUGGAUAGGGCGCCGUGUUCGGUCGGUAUCCUGAUCGACCGGCGGACCAGCCACGGUGUCGGGUCGAUGUUCGUCUCGUCGCCGACGUAUAGAGUGGUGGUGUUGUUCUUUGGUGGGGCCGACGAUAGGGAGUCGAUGGCAAUCGGCGGGAGGAUGGCUGGGAGCCCUAGGGUUCAGCUGACGGUGGUGAGGUUCAGGGCAUGUCGUCUUGCGGUAAACGAGGAGGAGGGGGAUGGGUUCGGUGGUCGUGGGCCGGGGAGUGAACGGAGUUGGGAUGAGGUGUUUGAUGAUGAGAGUUUGAGGAUUUUGAGACACGAGAUGGCGGAUGCCAGCAAUGUGAAGUUCUUGGAGGAGGAAGUGAGGGACGGGUCGGAUACGUCGCAGGUGGUUCGGUCGUUGAAGGAGGAUUUCGAUCUGAUCAUUGUCGGGCGGCGGCACGAGGAGGAGAUGGAGGCGCUUUCGGGGCUGUCGGAGUGGGCCGAGUUGCCGGAGCUUGGGCCGGUGGGGGAUAUUCUGGCCGGUGGGGAUAUGGGGGCGGCUGCGUCGGUGUUGGUGGUGCAACAGCAGAUCAUGAAAGUCAGUCACAAUCUCAUCUUGAAUUCUUGAAACUAAUUUCUUUCCAUUGGAGAAGUAAAUUGAUUAGGUUAAGUUUGCGUGUAAUACAAAAGAGAGGGGAAGGGGAAGAAAAUAUUGGCAAUUGAUAUGUGUGAUAACUGAUAAUUAAGGAACUUACUUAUAUGUAAAUGACAUGAUCAUCGAUAUCUCUUGUACAAUUUGCGGAUGGAUACAUUCAAAUUCAAGUUUCUCAUAAAGUAAUUCUCCUACGUACCUAGAAUUGUCACCACGCUCUGCAAAAUCAGUGGAAAUGGCUUUGGAGCCUACAUAGGAUGACAAAAAUAACCAGUAUUUAGGUAGUGCUUAAACUCAAUUUAUUAAUUAUUAUAGUUCAAAUCAUAUUUGGAUAAUUUUAUUUUUAGGUUAGAUCUAUAAUCCAAGUUUUUAGUUUUGGUCUAAAUUGGACUCGUAGCAUUGAGUAUCCAAAAGAAAAUGAACACCCGAUUCUAAUUCAGUUUUAUCUUUUUUGUUUGUUUGAAAACAUACAAAAAGGUGGCAAUUAAACACCAAUAUUAAAUGUGUAAUUGGGUU